AUGUCUCCGAAUGGAGUGGACACCGCGGUCAGCUUGUUCUACGGCUCCCAAACAGGCACUGCUGAGGAGGUUGCCUGGGAGCUGGCGCGAGAGGGCCGGCGCCGUGGCUGGCUACUGGAACCAAGAGCGCUGGAUGAGACGAGCAUCCAUGAGCUCAGUAAGACGAAGAUUGGAAUCUUUGUCGUUUCCACCACUGGACAAGGUGAUCCGCCAUUGAACAUGCGGCGGCUAUGGCAGGAGAUGCUGUCGGCCUCGUUGCCCCCUUCAUCGCUGGCCAAGCUGUCGUAUACGGUGUUCGGUCUCGGAGAUCGCCGCUACCGCGAAUUCAACUAUGCAGCCAGGAAGCUGCACGCGCGGCUUGGGAAUCUGGGUGCCAAGUCCUUCUACCGUCUCGGCCUGGGAGAUGAUCAGCAUGACUUCGGCAGGAAGCCCAGCGCGUUGGAACAAGAAACUGAUGUUGAAAUCAGAAAGCUGCAUUGGAAGCUCGCCGUGCCCAAGUACGUGUCCAUAGUCCUGGAAUGCGUUGAUAUCGCACAGCUGUGCUCACUUUCAGCUCAAGAUGUGGAUGCGGGUGUUGGCGGUGGCAAAGGACGCCGCAGAGGUGUGUUGCACUUCGCCAACCAGGGUCUCAGUGAUGCGGACAUUGCACAGUUGGAUCUCUGCACAGAGUAUGACAACGACUACGAAGAAGUCGACUUUUCGGACAACAGCUUCUCUGGCCGUGGCUUGCGCUGUAUCCUGGACCUUUGCAGUCGCUGCCGUCGACUCAAGGUCCUCAAGCUCUUCAAGAACGACCUCGAUGAUAACGGAGCCGAAUUGUUGGCGCGAUUUCUGGAGCACUGCCCAAACCUGGAAGAGCUCCAUUUGUCGCACAACAGGAUCUCGAGCACCGGGGCGCUGAGCCUCAUCUCUGCUGGCAGUUCCUGCCGACGGGAGGGGGAUACGCCUCUGUGGCUGCGUCUCGAGCACAAUUGCCUCGAAAGCGUGGAAGAGGCCGAGUCGUGGCUGUACCGACAGUACAGCGUUUGCUACAAGCAGAAUGCGGAGUGCACGGCGAGGUACUGCAAGUACCGUUGCAAGAUUCACGCGCCCUACAUGGCAAAGCAGUCUCCUCGAGGACAUUCACAUCAGUCACCCCGGCCGACAUCGGAACCAGGGCGCCAUCGCACCUGGUCCCAUGCGUACGUGCAGGACCGGGCAGCUGAGGAGGCGAGUUAUAAGCGCCAACGCUCCUGGCAAAGGCAUGAUGAGGGUCGAGGCAGCGGUCACGAAGACCGAGAUCGCUGGGACCGAGGUGAACACCGGACUGAGGAGCUGCAUUUGAAGAAGGAGGGGCUUGCGGCGCAGUGCGCUGAUGGCAGCCGUUUGCAACACGGGCCCUCACUUGGCGGCGAUUCUCGCAGACCGGAGGAAGCCGCAGCCGCACAGCCCUGUGGAUCUCGAGCUAGAGGCGAGGUCAAGGGCGAGGUCAAGGAGGAGUCGGAGGAUGAUGUAGAGAUUGUGGAGCCCGGCAAAGGCUCGGAUUCCGCGUCCGAGCUCCAAGGCUCGGAGCUCCAGGCAUGGGAAGCUGCCCUCCGACGAUGGGAGGCCCGUCUCGACACGCGGGAGAAGAAGAUCCGGGCCUUGCAGUCCUCACUACCUCGCGCGGCCCGUGAAAAGCUCGCACAGCUCGUACCGCCCCAGGUCGUCCUCCCGCGAGACCGGCCGUAUGCCUUUCAAAGGGCUUUGGCAGAGGCGAUGAGCAGUGCGGACGAGCCUCGCUGA